UGUUGUUCAAAUAAGCUGACACAGGGGCGCAAUUUUGAAUACUGAGCGUGCUUGUGUGGCUCAACACACUUUACUGCAUCUUUUGCAUCACUUUUUUUGAAUUGGCAGCUAAACUUCAACCGUUUGUCGUAUUUGUUGCCACCCUACCCAUAAAACACACACACACACAAACAAAAUAAAACAAAAAGACGCUGCUGAAGGAUACCCCCCCUUACUGGUCAUAACCUGUGAGUUUUAAAGUUAAAAAAGUUUUAAGUUUUACAUCCAAGCGUCCAGUGGUAACAGUUUGAGAGUUACGCUUUUGCCGCCUGCCGCCGACAUGAACUCGUAUCACGUUUUGGAGCUGGUGGGUGAGGGCUCGUUUGGCCGAGUUUACAAGGGAAGGAGAAAGUGUACCGGCAUGAUGGUGGCUCUUAAAUUCAUAACAAAGGUGGGCCGGUCUGAAAACCAGCUGCGAAGUCUCAAGAGAGAAAUUGAAAUUAUGAGGGGCCUUCAACAUCCAAAUAUUAUCCAGCUCUUUGACAGCUUUGAGACUGAAAAUGAGGUUGUGGUUGUCACUGAGUAUGCAGAGGGUCAGUUGUUCCAGAUUCUUCAGGAUGAUGGAAACUUACCAGAGAGCCAGGUCCGUGAGAUUGCCUGCCAACUGGUCUCUGCUCUGUACUAUUUACAUUCCCAUCGCAUUCUCCAUCGUGACAUGAAACCACAAAACAUCCUGCUAGGAAAAACCGGUGUGGUGAAACUCUGCGAUUUUGGGUUUGCCAGAGCGAUGAGUGUCUACACCUUAGUGCUAACUUCCAUCAAGGGAACACCACUGUACAUGUCUCCUGAGCUGGUAGAGGAGAAACCAUAUGACCACACCGCUGAUCUCUGGUCUUUGGGUUGCAUCCUUUAUGAACUCCACACGGGGGCGCCUCCGUUCUACACUAACUCCAUCUUCCAUCUAAUGCAGCUCAUUGUGAGAGACCAAGUGAAAUGGCCAGACACUAUGACUAGCAUUUGCACGAGUUUCCUGAAAGGCUUAUUGACCAAAGACCCCCAGAAAAGGUUGUCAUGGCCAGACCUCUUGUUCCAUCCCUUUGUUGCUGAUGGAGUUCUAGUGUUGCCAGACACAGAUGUGUCCAACCCUUUGACAGUCACACCCAGCCCUGAUGUGCUGGCGCUGAAACGCAUGCAAGUAGCAGAAAAGUCUUUACCAGCUUCUGUACAGAGCAGAUUGUUGCGAAAGGUCAUGGAACAAAGGGACAGCCGUAAUAAGGCAGUGACAGUGCCAGCAGGCAGUGACAGUGCCAAAAAAAAUAAGGAUGGAACGGGAAACGCUGCAACGGCAGCAGCCUCGUCCCCUAGAGUGAGCAACCCCAAGCCCUCCAAUGGUGAUGAUUCUGUUGCCUCAGGUCAGCUGGGCAUGACUGCUACCAAUCAAAGCCUCGACCUGAAGACUCAAGCCAACUUGACAUCAAAACACAGGGGUCAGAUAAGCGUGGACUAUGAGAAGGAAUUUCCCUCUAUGAAGAUCGGGCCACGACCCGUGCGGUGGUGCAAUGAGGAAAGUCAGGCCAAACUGCAAUGGCAGAAUGUCAACAACAAGGAGUAUUGGGAGAAUCUGACCCAAGAAUCUGAUCCAAGCAGACAGCAGAGAGAAGUAUUAGACUACAGUGUCAUUAUACCUCAAAUUAAAUCCAAGAUCCAGGAAUGUAAAGCUCAGCUAACAGGGGGCAUGGUAAAAGAACUUCAGCAGAUUCACCAACCACUGAGGGUCCUACGUAAUCUGAUAGCGAUGGCUGAUGUUGAGAAGUUGAACCAUAUCGGCCGUGAACUUGGACUACCCCGUGUUCUCUUUGACCUGAUCAAGGAUACAGUAGAAAGCUCAGAUUUUAUUAAGCAACAGCAGAGUAUCCCUGUCCUUCAAGAAAUGAUCACGGUGCUCAUGAUCUACUGGGAGAAGCACUUCGACUGGGUGAAACAGGAACAUAGCCUGGAAGAGUUCACCAAGUCUUUCAAAACAAUUCUUACUCAACCCAAUCUCAGUCCUUUGGCACCUCUGGCUGCUUCUGUUUUGUCUCUGUUCAAACAACACAAUGUGGAUGUCGACGUUGAUGUGGAGAAACUAACAUUCUUGCUGAAAACUCUGGUUUUGGACCCAUGUGAGACCCACAUUUCUCUACCCUCUGGAUGGGGACUCUGUGAUGGCCUCCUCUCUUUGCUGCUAGACACACUUUAUGAGCAUGAGAAUGGCCCUGUGCCUUCAGAUUUAAAUCCAGUUGUGUUUCUGGAUCUGUGGGAAAAGAUUGGCAUGUCACUAGGAAGCACAACACCAGACUUUGACUUCUGUUCAGUAAAUGGACUGUAUUCCUUCCUCUGUGCUGUGCUCUUUGUCUUCACCAAGGAUCCGUAUUUGUGCAUUCCUCUGUUUUGUGAAAGUGGAUCAAAAUGCGUACACACUCUUGGCCGCCUGCUGGGCACUGACUGUCUUCAUUUGUUUGCCGAGGGCAGCCCUGUGAGACCUGAGGUGGAUCUGAGUCACGACACUUUAUCUGCACUAUGCUGCCACUUAUUAUGUUUUCCAUUUGCCCUGGACCUGCCUUCACACACCGUGUCCACAAUUCUCCAGUUGUAUGACAGCUGUGGUAUUGUUACAAGCCUCCUGCAGGUAAUUCAAACCCUUCCUCCUCCACUACUAGAGCUGCCUCUCUCCCUGCUGAGCCGUUUGCUCUUGUGUGAUCCCCAGCGCUCUGUUUGCCACCUCACAAAAGCAGCUUCUUGCUUUUUCUCGGCAUGCUGGGACGGCCAGCUCACUGCUUCCAGACAUCAGAGUCCUCUAACCAGAACUGCCAGCUCUCUGCUCUCUGAUUUCCUGCAGCUGGAUACGCUGUGGGACUCUGCCGUGGAGCUCCUCACUGUAUUGUCUCAGAUAGCCUGUUGUCCCUCCUGUCCCCUUCAGCUUCAUGUAGAAACCUCGGUGCUGCAGCAUGCACUGGCUCAUUCCUGUGACCAAAUCAGGGCUGCCACAUGUAGACUUUUGGGAAAUAUAAAUUCAUUCAGGCCUCCUACACCAGACAUCCUGCAACCUGACAUUUUCAAAGGCAUGAUUGACUGUCUUCAUGAUUCUUGCACGCCUGUCCGGAGAAUGGCUUGCAGGGCAGUUGGAAGCUGGUUGGGCUAUAUUGCAGUAUUGUGUAGUACAAGUUGGUGCAAAGAGAAGCAACAAAAUAAAGAGAAAUACUCAGAUACUGAGGCAGCAGGUGAUUUGGAAACAAUAACCGAGCAAGGAGUUCAUGAGGAGGAGGAGAGAAGGUGGACACAGGAAGCCAGGAGGACGGUGGCCAUGCUGGUAUCUCUAAUCGCUGAUCCUGAUGACCUCACACGUCGUCACUGCUGUGCAGCCCUGGCAAACCUGGUAAAUGUUGAUGGAGCCAUGUCCUUGCUGCUGCAGGAAAACGCGCCCAGUUUGCUUCUUCGAACUGCAUGCAUGGAUUCCCAUAAUGCAGUGAGAAAAGCUGCCAUAGGAACUUUAUGCCUGUACAGCCGGCAGGAUGCCAUGCGGCAGGUCCUGAUGUCCCUGAAUGCUAGAGAAAAACUUCUUCAGGCCUCACAACAUCCUUCUCUGCAGUGCCUUUAUCAUCAGCUCAUUGGACAGCUGUGAGUGACUCCACCAGAAACGGGCAUUUUUGUUUGAGAACUACAUGAAAACAUCCUGUUUAUCAAGAAAAAUAAAACAGUUCGUGGCAGCAAGCCGUUUAAAUUUUAUGAGAAAAACGGUUUAACUUUAUUAAAAUCACGAUAGGUUUUCAUUUUAAUUGGUGAAGUAGUCAUAACAAUAAUUAGCAGCGGUGGCAAACAUGACAAGAGGUUAAUUGAUUGCUGAGUUAGGAAUGUUUCUGCGCGGCACCGCCGUGUUGCUAUUUUAUUGUUUUUGAAUCAUUUUCUACAUUUGAGUGUGUUUAGGUGUAGCGCGUGCGAUUGAUAGAUUUUUAAGGCAUUUUUUUUUUUACAUAUGUGAAUAGAGAUGCUGUCGCAUUUCACUUUGAGGUAAACUUGAAAUUUGUGAUAUUGGACUAAAUAAAAUAAAGCGGACGAUGUUUAUUGAGCCGCAAACAGCGAAGCGGCAUUUUCGGAGGAUUGGAUGUCGUAAAUGUUUAUGCCUUUUAAACUGAAUUUUGUAUCGGAAGAAAGAAGAGAUCGAUAACAAUAAAAGUUUACAGUCCCCUCUGUGUAACUGUGUGGGAAGUGUCCUCACCCACGGGAUGGGUGAGCAAAGGAGUCCGUCGGGCCCUGACGGUCUCAACUUUCUUGCUUUCCAAAAAAAAAAAAAAAAGAAGAAAAACUGCGGAUUUAUUUAAUUCAAAAAGGAAGGACUUAUUUUCACGGUCAGACCGCAGAUU